AUGCUUAAUGAGAAUAUUCAAAUCAGUAUAAAAAAUGGUAAUUCCUUGUCCAAACUAGAAUCCAGUUGUGCUCAAAAUAGCACAAGACCAUGCAGUUGUUCCCAUGGCUUUCAAACAUUUGACAGUAUGAGUAUGGAACUAAAUUCAAGAAGUCUACAAAAUGAUACAAUGUUAACUCAUUCUGUUUCUGAGAGUUCUAAUACUCCAAGAAAUGCUGAAAUAUCACAUAACCUAAGUUCGUAUAACCAUAGUGUCCCUCAAACAUUCAACUUGCCAACAAAUUCUGUUCAAGAGCUCCGUAUAUCCGCGGUUUCACACUCCGCUUUUCCAACUCAGAUUCCUGCAGUUAUACCAACUGGAGUCAGUUCUUCAAGUAUACCCUUAUCUCCUCUAUUGUUUCAUCCACGUGGACCGUAUAUUCUUCCAAAUCCGACUUCAGCUAAUCUUUCUUCUACUCAUCUGCAACCUGUUAACCAUCAACUACCAAAUCUACCUUUAAAUACCGAAUAUAAAAAUAUUUCACCUUCCGGUGUACUGGAAGCAACUACACACAAUCAAUUGCCACUUGCAACUGGCACUCUUGAUGGAUCAGUAACAAAUUCUACCAAAACGUCACCCAGUUCACAGUCAAUUGGUGCAAACAAGGGUACAAAUGAAAAUGGCAAUUAUUAUGUAAUGGUUCAUGUGGAUGCUGGAGAAACAUUUUCAGUGCGUGUUGGCGAUCAAAUUCAACAUAUACCUGGUCCAGCUACUGUUAGAAUGGUCUCCAAUAGUGGUCCACCUUUACCCAUGCCUAUGCAAGUCCCACCUGGUCAUUUAGUUCAACAAAUUGUUGAUGAGGAAGGCAUUCUUACUCAUGUCAUCCUAUCACCCUAUCCAACUCCUCCAUUAUCAAUGGUUGCAACUGGUGGUGUCCCAAUGUCAAUUAAUCAGACAAAUGAUGUUUCUACAGCUGGUGCUAAUUUAAUUUUAAAUCCUAGUCAGCAUUUACAACCCCACCAUCCUCAUCCUCAUCUCCAUCCUUUAUUACCAUCUCCUGGUAUACCAACCAAUGAAAAUCUAAUCCAUAUGAAUCCGUAUACAUUACCGCAUCCACAAGCUAUUCCUGGUCAUCCGAUACAUCCAUUUCCGCCACCGCCUCCACAAUUUAUUCAUCCGCAUCUUCCACAUUUUCACCAACAGUUUAAUCUUCAUUCACCACAAGCGCAUGUUUGUGCUGCUGCUUGUGGUGGUGGGGGUAUCGGUGAAGGAGAUUUUUCAACAAAAUAUCCAGUUCCUUCUGAUGUCGUGAACGAUACAAAUCACUGUGAUAAUAUGUCAACGGGUUCAGCAACAUAUUCAACCAAUGACAUUUCAGAAUUACCCUCGAAUAAUCCUUCCAAACAAAGUGUAGUUAAAGUAAGUCCUGAUUCAACCACGACGACUGCUUCCAGUACUAUUAGUACUACAUCCACGACCAAUAAUUGUAAUGAUGGUGAUAAUAAUAACAGUAAUAAUAAUAGUUCUGACAUAACAGAUACACAUUCCGAUACAGUUACAGUCAAUAAACUGCAUCGACUUGUCGAUGGUUAUUGUGAUUUAGCAAAAAAUGAUGUUGACAAAGUGUCAUUUCCGAGUAACAAUAAAAAGUCAGUCAGUCCAGAGUCAUCUUUAAUAACGAAUUCAUCGUUGUCAAAUGAUGAUACAAAAACGCUUAAAUCUUCUAAGUGCUCAUCUAAUCAAACAAAUGGUUACAAGAAUACUAAUGAUGUCUGUCAUAAACAGUUGUAUACUUUGCCUAAAAAGAAACCAAUAAAAUGUAAUAAUGGAUCAAGUAUUGCUGAUCAUACUAUGAGUAGUGAAGAGGACAAUAUUCAUAUUGUUACUACUCAUAAUAGUGAUAAUGAUGAUGGUGACAAUGACAAUGACGAUGAUGUUGAUGAUGAUGGUGAUAAUCACGAUGACGAUGAUGAAGAUGAUGAGGAUGACGAUGCUGCAAUAACUUCCACUUGUGGUUAUUGUGAUGACAAUGAUUCAAUAAACUGUGAACAAGUUGGACCCUACUGUACCACUACUACUUCUACUACUACUUCCGCUUCAAUGAUAGUUGCUGAUUCAUCAUCAAGUCUAACUGAUGUCAAACACCUUAACACUAAAAAUCACUUAUCAAUGGAAAAUAGUCCUGUACUGAAUGGUAGUAUGACAAAUUCAGAUCCUCUUAAGUCUACUCCUAGUAGCACCGCUGCUGCUACUACUACUACUGCUAUUAAUACUACCGUCACCACCACUAUUUCUACUAACAACAGUACUAGUGACAGAACAAAGACGACUGUUCCUGCUAACGCUAACACUACUGCAACUAUUCAUACUGUCAGCCCUACUACCACUACUGUUACUACUGUCACCACUUCUACUGGAGAUAAUGGGCGUACUACCUCAGGUCUAAAUGCUUUCUCUUCCUAUUCUUCUUCAUAUCCACCAACCACAUUCCCAUCUUAUCGCAGGAGACGUGGUGGUGGUGGCGGCGGUGCUGGUGUUAUGGGUAUGAAUUCUACCAGUGGGAGUACGAAUAAUAAAAAUUAUCCAAAUUUUCGAUCAUAUAAUCGGCCAGUUAACUUUGGUAAUAAUAAAUCACUGCAAAACUCAGUAUGGAAUCAAUCAUCCUUUAUUAGUUCUAAAUCGAAUUCAGAUUAUUAUCAUCAACAGCAUCCCGACAGUCUACAAAACGGUAGUAUUAAUAAUAACAAUAAUAAUAGCAACAACAACAACAACCAUACAAAUCAUUACCAACAGCACUAUCCAUCACCAUCUUAUCAUCAGUCUUAUCCAAAUCAACAUUCUCAACACACGUAUCAUCAUCGUGGUUCUGUUAUUACUGGUGGUGUUGGAACAACAACAGCACAAGAAUUAGACUUGGACUCUGAAGCAGAGAUUGAGAAAAGUGGUAUAGCACAUCUAUCCACAUGUUCACAUCUUCCAGUUAAUAUAUUACUGCCUACAGUUCAAUCACCGUCGGCUUAUUUUCCACAAUCUGAUUGCAUUUUAAAUUCACAAUGCUACGAUCAUCAUCAUCAUCAUGAGCAUGAUCACCAUCACCAUGCACAUCCUCAUCCGCAUCAUUUACAUCAACAAUCUACUGAAUCGUUUGAUGCUUAUGUAAAUGGUGAUACGGUUGGUGCAAAUGGUUCAAUAACAUUGGAUAAUGAUGCUGUCGUAAUUAGUACUACUACUAAUACUGCUAAUCAUAAUAAUAACAACAACGGUGGGGAUGAUGAUUUCAGUUCAACUGCGACAAAUAAUGCUUGGAGCACUCAAGAUAAAAUUAUUCAUAAUUUAUUAUCUAAUCUUUUAUCACCACAAGUUACAGAAGUUAAAUCGCAUAGUGCAUUAAUUCAACUAUCAUUCCCCCAAGAUUUAAUUCAUUCAUCUAUUGAAAAAACAGAAAUAGAAACAACAACCUCGGUGUCAUCAUCGUCAUCAACAACAACAACAAUAGCUACAACUAAUUCAGAGAUUUCAUCAUCCACGACAACUGCGGCAUCGAUUUUACCCACUGACUCCUCAUUAUCUUCACAAUCUCGAACAUUUCUUACAGAAAACAAUACUUAUACUAAUACUACUAAGUCCUGCAAAACUACAAAUUCACCUGUAAAAAGUCCACGUCAUAAAUACAAACCAUCAGCAUUGUCAUCUGCAACACCGAAAAUGACCACAACAAAAGUGAAUUCAUCUAAGUCCGAUUUAAAUAAUGGUAUUAGUAACAAUAAUAAUAAUGAUAAUAAUACUGAUGAGUGUUACAAUGGUAAUCAUGAAUCGAAAGCCAACAGUAAUACAGUCAUUUCGAAUACUAAUGGUAUGGAUAGUAGUCAACAUCAGAUUACAAUUGACUUGGAUGCUAUACAGUUUGAAUUACACUUAACUGAAAGAUGCAGUACACCCCAGUUCAAAUGCGUUUUUAUUGGAGAAGCCACUUUCAUAUCACUACAAGACCUCCGUCCUGGUACAAACUAUUAUGUAAAAGUAUGUUGUAACUAUGCUGGAAUACGUGGAGAUUUCAGUCCGAUUGCACAUUUUGUUACAUUACCAUCUAAACCAAAUCCACCACGUACCAUACAAGUAAUAUGUCAGACACGUAAUUCAUUACACAUAAAAUGGGGACCUGGUAUUGACAAUGGUUCACGUAUCACAUCAUACAAAUUGGAAUAUGCUCAAGUAUCAACAAAUUCAUCUGAAAUGGGAAUGGAUAAAAAUACGGAUCCAGAGUUUUUUGAACCUAUUCAAGUGUUCGGUAGAUCGUAUAAGAUAAAUCAACUGUCACCGUCUACAGAAUACUUGAUUCGUGUUGCAGCGAUAAAUCAAUACGGACAAAGUUCAUGGAGUCCAAUACUGUCAGCUUCAACUUCCGGUAGUCCACCAGAUAUGCCAUCUCCACCAUUUUUAAUUCAAGCUGAUGUUCAUUCAUUAACACUUGGUUGGCGUCCACCAAGUAAUUUAACUGAUCAAUAUCACCAAUAUCAUAGUCAUCAUUAUCAUCAUCACCUUCAUCAUCAUCAUCACCACCACCAUCAUCAUCAUCUUCAUGAUAAUAUCUGUGAACAAACAAAUUCUUCUAGCUAUUCAAAUCAUUUAAAUCCAAUUACAUAUACGCUAGAAAUGGAUGAUCAAGCUAUGGGGCAUGGCUUUGUCACUGUUUUUGAUGGCACUGGUACAGAACAUUGUGUUGAUAAUUUACGCCGUAAUACACGAUAUCGAUUCCGCUUAGCAGCGUCUAAUAUAGAUGGUCGAAGUCGUUGGAGUGAAACAGUAACUUUAGCCACACUUCCAGAUCAUCCAUCUGCACCGAGAAAUUUAAGAAUCUAUGGUUCACUUUUACAACCAACCCGAUUAGCAUUAACAUGGGACCCCCCAGAGGACGAUGGUGGUACUCCUAUUCAAUCCUACCGUUUGGAAGCACUUCUACCCUAUAGUAGCAAUAAUAACAAUGCUAACCUCAUCAAUGGGACACCAUUAGCCAGUAUCAAUAAUGAAUCAGGCCAAAAACUGAAUGAUGUUAACAAUUCAAAUGUCAAUUAUUCUUUAGAAAAAAUUGAUGAUCACUUAGAUGUGAUACAAAAAUUGACCUGUUGGCCACAUGUUACUGUUUUGAAGCCUGAUUCAUCUAUUCUAUCAUCAAUCAAUUCAUCAUGUUCGCCUAAUAUGAUUACAACUGGUACAGAUGAAACGUAUAUUGUUAACAGCUGUGACAAUAUUAAAACAUAUACAAUAGUGAAUGAGGAUAAAAAGAGUUAUUCACGUGUUUCUGAAACGGAUUCCAGUGUUAUUGAUUGCUUCAAAGUACCAGAAAACAAUUGUAUGCAUAAUAACAAGACUAAUAAAACUGCUGUUAUUACAACUACUUCUACAACUGUGAGUACCAAUAUAUCUACCUCUACAAUGUUUAAUACUGAUUAUGAUGGAGAAUCAAAUUAUCCUCAAACUGCAUGGUUUAUUAUCUAUGAAGGCCGUGAGAAAGAAUUAUUACUAGAAAAUCUACUACCUGGAUUCUUUUUGCAAUUACGUGUACGUGCAUGUUGUUCCUUGCUGACAAAUAAAAUAAAUCCAUCGUGUUCAGCAUUUUCAUCCUCGCCUGCAUCAUCUGCGUCAUCAUCAGCAUCUUCGUCGUCGUCAUCAUCUGUAUCGUCAGGGGCAGCAUCUGUGUCUAAUUUACACAAUUAUCCGAAUGAUAUUUCUUUCGGUGUCAAUAGUACUGCUGUCACUGCGGUUACAACCAGUACAAAUGUUAAUAGUAAUGUUGGCAUCGGAAGCAAUGGUAGAAAUAGUGAAUUGUGGGGCUUAGCAAGUCAUCCUCCAUUAAAAAUACGUAUGCCACCUAUCCCACCAUCGGCACCAUCUUCUGGUCCACGCGUUAUUGGCAAGCCGAAACCAACUUCACUGCAUUUAUCUUGGUCACCACCGAAACAGACUGGAGGUGCAGCGAUUUUAGCUUAUGAGGUUUGGCAAUUGAUGCUGGAACCAACAAGUUGGGUUGAUGAAGAAUCAGAAGAUAAUGAUUCAAAUAUAUCAAUACCAAGAUAUUGUUCAUCUACGCCAUCAUCGUCACUAGAAACUUCUCUGUUACCUUUAUCCUGUCAUAAUCUACAGUACUACUCUACUUACAAUAAAUAUACAAGUCACUGUCAUUCAAGCCAUCGUCAGUCUAUUCUACACAGAUCGUAUACAGAUUCUUCAUUGAAUACGAAGUCUUAUACAUUGAAUAAUGAUAAUCCAGUGAAAUUACAAUCAUUAUUUAAUGAUGAGACAACGGCUGUUGGUGUUCAUGGUCGAUUUGUAUGCUCUGUACGUGAAAAUGAAUGUCGAUUGUUUGGUUUAAUUCCAGGACAGAAUUAUGCCUUUCGUGUUAGAGCAUAUAAUCGUGCUGGCAAAGGUCUCUGGACUGAAUGGGUUUCUAUAUCAACUCCACCAAGUCUACCAGGUGUACCAACAUCUCCUCCGAGACUAUUACCGAAAUCCUCACGUACGAUACAUAUUGCAUGGGAUCCAGUUACCUGUAUUAAUGGUGCUAAAAUAUAUGAAUAUCGACUUGAAUGUCGUCAGUAUCAAUUAUCUAAAUUACAUGAUUAUUAUAAUGUCACCUACAUGCCAAGCAUUGCAGCUGAAAAGAAAGGGAUACUGAAUCCUUCUUCUUCGUCAUCUUCUCACGACAAUUCAUCAAGGAAUGAUACAAUGGAACAGGCAGAUGAUGAUUCAUUCUUUCAACUGAUAUAUGCUGGUUCAAAGUUAUCAUUUGAACUGACAGAUUUACAACCAGCUACGUUGUUUGCAUUCCGUUUCUGUGCUGUGAAUUCUGCUGGUGCUGGACCAUGGAGUUCAAUAGCUAAGUGUUGGACACCAUCUGCUCCACCUGAUCAACCUCAUGGCUUAUGUGUUCGUGAAAUAAAUUAUAAUUCAGCUUUAAUUAUAUGGUGUAUACCUCAGUGUAACGGUAGUCCUAUUACAAGUUUCACAAUUGAACUUACCCGAUUUGGUCAUAACAUCACUACUGUGGGUGGUAGUAAUAAUAGUAAUAAAGCUGGUUCCGGUAGUCGUAUUCAUACGGAUGUGAAUUAUAUUCAAAUACCUGCACCCUACUUACUAGAUUAUGAUGGAAAGCAAAUGAAUUCAUCUAGUAAACAACAACAACAACAGCAUCACACAAAUCUUUCAACGACGGAGAAUUCUAAUAAUAACAUACAAUUUCAAAAGAAUGUGAUUCAGCAUUGUUUGUGUAAAUUGAAACCUUCUACAAAUUAUAUGUUACGUAUUCAAGCAGUCAAUAAAUUUGGUCCAAGUGAAUAUUCAGUACAGACCGAAUUCACUACACUUGCUCCAUUACCUCAACCACCUGUAUUUAGUCAAUAUAAAAAUUUAACCUCAAAUUCUGUUAGGCUAGAAUGGAAUUUAUUAGCUAAUCAUAUGAAUUCUGAUGAUGGUGAUGACGAUUAUAACAAUGCUGGGGAUGACAGUAAUGUUGAGAAUGCUAGUCACAAUAAUAGCAGCAAUGCUGAAAAUCAUGAAAAUGAACAAAACGAUAAUGAUGGUAGUGGUGACGGUGGUGAAGAAGAUGAAGUAGUAAACAGUCAUGAAGAAGUGCACAUGAAUAAUUCGAAUUCGAACCAACUUCGUCAUAGCAGUAGUAAUAAUAAUAACUCAAAACAACAACAGAAUAGAUUGUUAAAGAAACAAAAGGCUAAUUUCAAAUCACUAGAAAGUCAAAUCACAUUCACACUGGAAAUAAGUCGAGAACCUGACUUAGAAUGGACAACAAUCUAUGAAGGACAAGCAAGUGUUCAUAAAGUGAAUCGUUUAUGUGAAUCCACAGUUUAUCACUUUCGUGUUCGUGCUACCAACACAACUGGUUCUGGACCUUAUAGUACAAUUCAAACUAUACACACUCAGAAAUCAUCACCUCCAGCAGUACGAGGCUUAAAAAUCAGUGAAUUGAGUUCAGAUCGUUGCCAGUUAGAAUGGACUCCAGUAAAUCAAUUAGGCAUGGACCCUAUUGUCUAUCUAUUACAUUUACUCCCUGUUUCACCUAAUACUCAACAGUCAACAAACUUGAGUCAGGUGUAUAGAGGAAAUUUACCUGCUUGUCGUAUAACUGGUUUGAAUCCGGCUUCUGAAUACGUCUGUCGUGUAUGUGCUGUUCGUUUAUGUCAACCGAAUAAAUUACCGGUUAUUAGUAAUUCAUCUUAUUCGUCGUCUGAACAAGAACAAUUUAAGAUGAAUUCAUCAACUGAUUCUUCUCAAUAUCAAAUUAUUGAAUUACCUGGACCCUUCUCACCAGGUCUUGUAUUCACGACACCUCGUCUUAAUAAAGAUGGUCAUUCCGAUUCCAUGUCAACAAAUUGUCAUUCAUUCAAACAGAAUUCUCCAUCUAAACAAUCAACUUUUCUAAGAAUUUUGUCGAUACCAUUCCAAACUGUUCGGUGUAUACUUUCAUUUGGUCGGUCAUCGAAUAGAAUAAAUGAUUCAUCCAAUUCAAUAACUCCGUCUAAACACCAUCAAACUCAUUCGAAUCAAGUAACUCCUGCUACAGGUACAUCAUCGAAUUCAACGGUGAUUAAUGCAUCGGAUAAACGUCGGUCUGUUCUAGUCAGCACAACAACCUCCUCUUCAACAGUAACAUCAGCAGCAGCAGCAUCGAUGUCAUCAGUAUCAUCAUCAUUAACUUCGUCUGUGUCCACGAUAUCUACUCCGAGAAAUCAAUCGAAACAAUCUUCGUCGUCAUCAUCAUCAUCAAAACGAUCACAUUCAUGGUUCCGCUUCACUGAUACUCAACUAGCCUGUCUUCUAUUAAUUCUAUUCAGUUUAGCUACACUUUUAGUAGCUAUAAGUUUACAGUACUUACUUAAUGUUCACCUGAAAAUAUCUAAUCCUACUGCAACUGUCUCUAAUAUGGAUUAUUCAUCGUAUGAAGUGAAAUUAAGGUCUAAUAAUGAAGAUACUAGUGACAGUACAUUAUUUACCUCUACAACAACAACAUAAACAAUCAAUCAGUAGUCGUUUUUCCCCAUGAAUGAAUAUCAAUCACAGAUGUUGAAGUAAUUAUCAUGACAACGCUCAUUUAUUCUUAUUCUUUCCUUUCCCCUUUUCAAAUCUUCUGCUUGUAUCUGUCUGUUUAUCCAAUCCUCCGUCUGUCUGUCCGUCUAUCUAUCUAUCUAUCUAUCUAUUCAUCUGUCUAACUUCUCUAUCUGUACACUGGCUCAUUGUUGUUGUUGUUCUUUUUUUGUUUACUUCUAGCUUCUAUCUUAUUAUUUUCGCCGUCCUCGUGUUUCUCUUUUAUCGCUAAUUAUGUCACCCAUUACAAUUCUGCACAAAUUUGUAUAGGAUAAAUGAUGGUGUGAUUCGUGUCGAUAUAAAUAUUUCCAGCUUGAUGGUGAUAAUGUAUCCAACACACACACACACAUCAAUUACAAUGAUGUCGAUGAUUAUGCUAAUAGUUACCAGUAAAUCUACUUAAUUCGUCUACUGAACAAAGUAACCGUAAGCACACACACACACGCACCCAUGCAUACACUCACGUCUGUCACUUAUUCUUUCUAAGCAUUCUAUAAAGAUAUAGUAGAGAAGAGAGUUAGGUUCAUUUAUCUGUAUUAUUAUUACCUGUUAUAUUGCGUGUGUCGAUGUGAGUAUGCGUGCAUAUUUGCUUAUGUACCUGGAAAUAUGUUUGCAUUUAAAUAAGUAUCAUUUUUUGUGUAAAUUAAAAAAAAAAACAGAAACGGGCACACCAUUGAUAUGAAUGCAUAAUUACAUAACUAUUGUUACCGAACGCACACAUAGACAUACACUCGUGUUUCCGGUUCAUUUUCGUCUGUAUCUGUUUGCUCGUUGUUUUUGAAUUCAGGAUAUUAUAUAUAUGUGUAUGUGAAUACGUACAUAAGCACACUUACAUUGUAUAUGGCGUGUUGAAUUAUCACUGGUUGCUUUCCUUCCUGACCCCUCCCCGCCCUACUCCGUCUCCCUUAUAUAUAUAUACCGCGCCAUGAUGUCUUUCCUACGUUUAAUAACAAUAAUCGUGUUGGUGUUGUUGUCGUCGUCUCCGUCGUUAUUAAUUAUUAUCAUUAUGAUAACUACUGUCGUUACAAUUGUGUUUUGUUGAAAUUGUCGCCUCAUGUUUUUUCUUCUUCAACUUUUUGUUUUUCGUCUCUUCCUAUGCCAUUAUUACUAUUUUUGAGGAGUGAUGCUGAAAUAUAACGCGAACUGCUGACGCUGUUACUAUUAUUACUACUACUAAUACUAUUAUUAUUAUUAAUACUACUUUAUCGAAACUGUUAUAUAUUGGUGUCAUUUGUUACUGUUAUUAUUGUUGUUAUUACCGUUAUCAAGGUGACAAUCUACAACUAUACAGCUGAUAGUGUUUGCGUGUGUGUAUGUGUGCGUGUCUCGGUGUGUUUUGUUUAUCCCAUAAGCAACAUGUAAAUUAAAUUAUGAAUAAAACUUUAUUAAUUCUCCUCUUUAUUUUCUAAGUCUUACACAUACUUUCGGGUGUGAUAGUGAUGCUGAUAAUAAUUAGGGAGAGUAAUGGCGUUUUAAAAGACAAUAGUGAAUAAAUAGUUCCAUCUACUUAUCUUGUUUUUGUUUUUGCAUUAUACUUUAAAUAUUAUCACAACAACAACAUCAGCAAUAAACACUAUUUAAGUGAUGUGAGUAAAUUAAAGAAUAGGAUAUUGCUUAUCACUCCUUUCUUUUACCUGACCAAUAAUAACGCCAACUGUAUUAUGCCAAUGUUGGUGAAUUCAAUCAAUCAAUCAACACACAUUGUAUGCAAAAUCCUAUUCGAAAAUCAAGUUGAUUUUUCAACGAAAAUCAAAAGUGUUUUUUUCUUUUCCCUUCUAUUGGUGGUUCGUUGUACUUUUUUUAAAAUUUAUUCUUUCUUUUGUUUCGCGUAAACUGCUCGCUAAACUAUAUUAUAAAUAAUAAACACAUGUUUGUCACGGUCUACUCCUUGUUUACAUAUAUAUAUAUAACAUUAUUCCAUUUCUUCCUUUUUUGGAUCACAGUGUCAGGUCUGCGUGACCUUGUGCUUUGUGUUUGUCUGUCUAUCUCAUUUGUUUUUGUCUUUCCAAUUAGAAUUCGUCUCAGUCAUCGUUUUCGCCUUUUGUAUAUGUCCGUCUAUCCAUCUAUCUAUCUAUCUCUGCUAUCUAUAGAUCCAAUCAAUCAAUAACUUUCAAUUCAAUUCUGUUGUUAUAUCAUUCAGGUCUUGUGUGAAUGUGAUUAUCACUUACGUUGCAUUAUAUAUUACAAUUAAAAUUAUUGUUGAUUUUGUUGUUUACGCCUACUCAUCUUGUGUAUGCAUACACGUAUAUAUAUAUAUAUAUAUAUAU